AUGAUCUAUUUCAUCAAAGAAUCUAAAAAAUAUGAUCAAUCUUCAGAAAAUUCAUCAUCGAUGGAAUUAGAAAAUCGAAAUGUUUCAUCUCACUCUCACUAUGAAACUUCAAGAACUGUGAGCUUUAAUUCAAUGCCCAUGGCAUAUGAUGUUAUUUAUGCUCAGAGCUCAUCAGUAAAUCCAGCAAGAAAAGCUCAAAUUCCACCAGAAGAUUCGCCACCAAGUUAUGAUGAAGCACUGAGGAGAGUUAAGCCAAUAAAAAAUUAA